AUGAACUCUACCUUGGAUGGUAAUCAGAGCAGCCACCCUUUUUGCCUCUUGACAUUUGGCAAUUUGGAAACUGUCGAUUUUUGCCUUUUGGAAGUAUUGAUUAUUGUCUUUCUCACUGUAUUGAUUAUUUCUGGCAACAUCAUUGUGAUUUUUGUAUUUCACUGUGCACCUUUGUUGAACCAUCAUACUACAAGUUAUUUUAUUCAGACUAUGGCAUAUGCUGACCUGUUGGUUGGGGUCAGCUGCCUGGUCCCUUCUUUAUCACUCCUCCACUACCCCCUUCCAGUGGAGGAGUCUUUGACUUGCCAGGUAUUCGGUUUUGUAGUAUCUGUUCUGAAGAGUGUCUCCAUGGCCUCUCUGGCCUGUAUCAGCAUCGAUAGAUAUAUUGCCAUCACUAAACCUUUAACCUAUAAUACCCUGGUUACGCCUUGGAGACUACGUGUUUGUAUUUUCCUGAUUUGGCUAUAUUCCACCCUGGUCUUCCUGCCUUCCUUUUUCCACUGGGGCAAACCUGGAUAUCAUGGAGAUGUGUUUCAGUGGUGUGCAGAGUCCUGGCACACCGACCCCUACUUCACCCUCUUCAUCGUGGUGAUGUUGUAUGCCCCGGCAGCCCUUAUUGUGUGCUUCACCUAUUUCAACAUCUUCCGCAUCUGCCAACAGCACACAAAGGAGAUCAGCGAAAGGCAAGCCCGCUUCAGCAGCCAGAGUGGGGAGACUGGGGAGGUACAGACCUGUCCCGAUAAGCGCUAUGCCAUGGUCCUGUUCCGAAUUACUAGUGUAUUUUACAUCCUCUGGUUGCCAUACAUCAUCUACUUCUUAUUGGAGAGCUCCACUGGCCACAGCAACCGCUUCGCCUCCUUCUUGACCACCUGGCUUGCUAUUAGUAACAGUUUCUGCAACUGUGUCAUUUAUAGUCUCUCCAACAGUGUCUUCCAAAGGGGACUAAAGCGCCUCUCAGGGGCCAUGUGUACUUCUUGUGCAAGUCAGACCAUAGCUAAGGACCCUUACACAGUUAGGAGCAAAGACCCCCUUAAUGGAUGUCAUAUCUAAAGUGGUUCAGACACUGAGUCACUGUGGGGUGUGUGUGUGUGUGUGUGUGUGUGUGUGUUUCCUUUUUAUCUCUGUAUUCCUAGUUCACUAGGAAAUCUGGGACAAAAUAAUUAGACUCUAAGCAAUAGCAAACAAAUGAUCCGUCGAAAAUACCUUCUAAGUUUGCAGAAAUUAUUUUCUAAAAAGUGUUUUGGCAUCAGGAGAAUCAGGACUGUGAAGAUAAAUUGCUCGUGGUUCCAGUUUUUGUAAUGUCAUGGAAAGGACUACAUUUUUAAGAUUUAAAAUAAAUAAAGCCAUAUCUAACACCUCUCUUCAGCGGGCAUGACUGAACCUGGGUGUGAAAAGCGUCAGCAUUUUUAAAAAGUCGUUUUCUUGUCGCUUUUCUGGGUUCUUUCCAGCUGUUUGGGCUGCAUAUGCAAUUGAAUUAUUUUAAUGGGGAAUAUUAAAAACCCGUGAUGAAUUAACAGGAUAUAAAAUUUUUCUUUAUAUAUGCCAAAGUAAAACUGUGCUGCAAGUUUCAGCACUGUCAUUUAGAAAGCCAAAUGUUUUACGUUUUAUGUCUUAUUCUCAUGAGAGAAUUCUCAGUACAGUGAAUAAUGUGAACACCUAAACACUAAUUUUAAAAUUUUGCAGUGCACCAUAAAUGAAGCAAAAGUGCAGUCAAAUCAUAUAAUUUUUAUGAAAAGUUGAGCUGCUCCCUGUGCCAUGCUUCAUGGAGAUCUAAAGAACUGUGUGCAUAGAAAGUGAUUGUGUGGUAGUGUUUUUGCCCAUGCCUUUGUGUAUGUGUGUAUUGACAAUAUUUGAAUUUAGAUUACUCUUUACAGCAAAGUGUGUUUUAAUAAGCUGAAAAACAAAUGAUAGGUUAAUUGCUGCCAUUCUUUUGAUAAUGGUGGAAACAUAUAAAAGUAAAUCUUUAGUCUUCUCUUUUUUUUAUCCAGAGACUUUUGAAAUAUAAGACUAUCUGGGAGAAAGGUGUCCUAAGCAACUGAAUGAGAAAAUAUACUGUAUAUUUAACUAAUACAUUUAUAAAAUAGAAGGUGAUUGAGAUGUUAUCUUUGUGGUUAAAUGGCAUCAACAAAGUAGCAUCUAAUUGUUUUUAAAAGCAAUCUUUUUUAGUGUUAAGGAAUGCACAUUUGAAUGAGAGAAGGAGAAUGAGAAAGAGAAGCGCAAUAAAGGACUUCUUUAUUGCGCUUCUCUUUCUGGAAAAGAAAUCCUUUGAUAUAACAGUUCUUUACUUAGUCUUUCUUUUUUUUAAGUCAAAGUACUAGCAAAAUCUGUAGGAUGUUAUUACUGUUACUCUGUAGAAUUAUCGAUAGUGCUGUGUAUUUGCAUGUACUAGUGAUGUUUUCUUCAAGUGAUUAUCUUUAGAACAAGAAGUUUAUUUUUCUAAAAGGAGAGAAGGAUUUCCCAGCAGCUCCAAGCAUGAGAGUAUUUCCUCUGCUUUUCAACUGGUUUUAAUGUUUUGGAAGUCUUCAGGAGGACUUAUGUGAUCUCUCUGCCUUUGGCUAGAUGUUAUAAUCUUAAUACAACAAUGGUAUUCAGUGAGAUGGAAGAAACCCAAGGGAAAUGGGUUAAAGUGAAGUUUUGAAUCCAAGAAAGGACAUGGAUAUUUAUAAAACAGGGAGAUAGGCUUUGGGUUUUUUGUCAUAUAUUAGAAAACCUACUGCCUCCUUUUAAAAUAAAGGGCAGCAUUCUUAUGAUUUUAGGUUUUAGAUAUCAGUUUGAUUUUAACCUCAAAUGUGUGUUCUACUUCCAACUGCUUAAUUGUAAGUGAAUCAGUAUUACAUAAACAUUGAAAUUUCAGAUUCUGAAUUCUUCCCAAAAACUUGCUUACUCUUUAUAUUUACUAUUAGAAAAUUUGAUUCCAAGCUGUUUCAAUAUUUAGAACUCAUUGAAAUUGCAAGUUAUUUUAACAAUGAGUGGCUCUGUUAAAUUGCCAUUUGAAUUGGAAAACCUUUUCCCUUGGAUUCUGAAAAAUGGUUCUGUACAUUUCUCCUUUAUUUACAUGGCACAGAUCUAAAAAAACCAAAAUUCCCUUUUCAUAUAUGUUGGGGAAUGUAACCUGUUCAGAUUUGCAGUUUGCUUGUGAGUUUUUAGUUUAGCAAAGAUUAGAAUCUUAAAGAUUAUUUUUUGUAGAAAACUGAUGUUAAAUCAGUGGAUUUUUAGGUUUGGGGGUUCUGAGCCCUUUUAAUUUUUUCCUGCAGUGGAGUUCCAUCUUGUGAGAAAAGAGAAAACUCUUUGGGAAAGAUCUUAUGGAAAUUUUAUGGAAAGGAGAAAAUAUCUGUUUGAUUCUCUGGAAGUGGGCUAAUCAAGCUGAUCUUUUAAUGACUCAAAAGAUAACUCUUUUAAUAAGAGCUUUUGUUAACAGAUUUUUAUUUUUUUGUCCUAGUACCAAAUUUAGAUGUUAUUAGAAAUAUUUUUUUCACAUUAAAAUCUCUGUCAAUGUCUCAACCUAAAACUAAAGUAGAAACUAAGUACGUAUAAUAAUUUUAAAGAAAAAUUCCCCCACUCCCCCAGCUGAUACUUGUUUAAUAUCAGAUGUCUUUCUAGUUUAUAUUGUCUUCAUUGGACUAUAGAAAGUCUGCGUUUUCUUCCACUUAUCAGUUCUUUUCUCACAUUCAUUGUCUUUACUGUUUUUUAAUUUUUAUUUUCUUAUGUUUGUGCAUGUUGGGGGAGAGGGGAUGAGCCUGAAUAUAAUCAUUCAAUCAUCGGUGGCUAGGAGCAUAUUCUAUGUGAUACAUCUGGACAGUUUGUAUUUAAAUAACCUUUUCAUCCUGGCAUGUUUAGUGCAACAUUUGAUGACGUUUGGUUUAAAUACCAAUCUGGCUAGUUCAGAAUGAAAAAAUAUAUAUAUUUUUAGAUUCAGUUACCUUGGGCUUUGGCAAGACAGUGCAUUUAACUAUAUAUGGUAUAUGACUGAUAUCAGAGGAAGCAUAAGCUUUUGGUGAUUGUGUUGAAAUUAUUUCAUAGUAAAUGUUCAAAUAAGACAAUACUAAUUAUUAUAUUUAUAAAUUAGUUGUACGUUUUUAUACAGUGAUUUCAGAGAAGAUGUGUUUUUUUUCCUCUUAGAACAGAAAAGCAGUUACAAAAGGACAAGUGGUCUACUUUAAUGAAAGAACUGUCUUACACCAGAAAGGAUAUUUAAAUUGUUCAUGGAUCUACCGACUCCCAAAUUCCAUUUUGGAAAGGGUUUUCUUUAAGCGUUAUUGCUUGAUGAAUUUCUUUUUGAGCCUUUUUAAGGGCUUUUCCUUUUUACUUGAAUAAUGGUCUCAGUAUCUUAAGGAUUGGGAAAACUUGAAUUUUUGUACUAUAAAUGCAUUGUCCACUCUUUGAACUUGAAAUUAAAGCAACAGGGUUACAAGUUCCCAGAUGGUAGAGUGGUUUCUGGGAGUGUUUCCUCAGCCUUUCAGGUUUGAUUCAAAAAUCUGCACAGUGGCUUUGUAGGAAAUGUUUUAAUUUUGCUUUGUGUUUUUGUAUCAUAGAAGACUUGUGAAAUAAAUUAUUGGCAAACCAGAAUUUAUUGUUAUAUGAGCAGAUUAUGGGAAGAUUAAGGAUGGGAGAAUUGUGGCAUUUAUGAUUUUUUAAAGUCUUCACAAAUCGUUCUCUGUGUUUUUGUAUAAUUUUUCCAUUUCAGGUUGAAGGAAACCUAAUAUUUUAUAUUAAAUGUACAUAUUAUUAACAUAUUUUGCACAUCUUGGCAUUAUUCUAGACAUUUUCUUAUAGCUGCAAAUGAGUCAUUAGGCUUUUCUUCAAAAUUUGGGUGACGAGGGCGCCAUGAUAUGAUUAAAAUGAACUUUGAACUGAGAAUAAAAAAAUCUAGGUUUCUGUUUCAAAUUAACUAGUUUUGUAAGGGCGAAUCACUUCUCUAAGCACUUAAUUUCUUCUAUAAAAGGAGAUAAUCUCAUCCCUCAUAGGGUUACUUUGACAAUUGAAUUAGAUAUGGGUGUAAAAAUACUUUGUAAUACAUGAAGUGCUUUGCAAUAAAAACAAGUACUAUUAUUUGUAUCUACCAUGGUUUCACAUCUAAGGAAGCCCUACAUAAUGAUUUGGUGUCCCCCCCACAUUAAGGUCUUAGAAGCUCAGUGUGGGGUUAGCAAUUCCAUGCUUUUUAGCAAUCCCAAAUUUGGGAAGAGAGGCAUGAUAAACCCUCACCUUUCUAAAAUGACAGUAGCAUUAAAUUCAACAUAGAACAGUUUUCAUUUACUUCCUUUACUUGUCUGUAAAGUCUCUAAAGGCAGGAAUAGUGUAGUGUCUCUUCAUAUCUUUAUCCCUAAAAUCUAACAUGGGACCUGGCUCAGAGCAGGAGUUCUGGUCAACUUUACGGAAUUAAUGAAUGAUUCUUUCUUAUUUUUUAUUUAAUUAUUAUUUAUUAUUAUUUAUUCUUUCUUAUUUCUUAUUUACAUCUAGUCACUAUUAUUAUUACUUCUGGUGAUUAUAGAACAGUGAUGUUCAAAAGGUGGGCCAGAGCCUAUAAGCAGUCUUCUCUUUGCUCAAGGCUAUUCUUGACUCUAAAUGAUAAAAGGUAUCUUUGUAGUACCAGGAGACUAGUGUGGGAAUGUGCGGUUCUUUGUAUGCCAGGUAACUUUACUCCUGGAAACCCGGUAGCCUGGGCCAAGGGAACUUCAGGCAGUGCUGUCAGACUGUCAGUUUCUCCCAGCCUGGAUAAGGAAUAUGUAUUUGGAUCACAUCACCUUCUUGACUCUGAAUCCAGAUAAGGUAGCCCGUAAAAAUCAGUCACAGGAAAGAGGAGGUAUAGCCUAGCUUGGUGACUAAUUCUGCGGUUUUGCUUUGUCGUUCAGUCUUAACCACUUUUCUAGUUUUGUCUUCUUUUCUUAACAUGCUAUCAGUCAUGUAUUCAGAGGGAUGUGCUUUAGAUGAUACUGCUUGGAAGGUGUGGAUAAUUCUAUUACACAAUAACAGUGGCUUUAGGGAAAGUUUAAGAAACAGUCAAGAAGCCCUUAUGCAGCAAUCUCUACUAUAUCCCAGUCAUUGCAGCUAACUGGCAGGGUUAUAAAGAAGGAUCACAUGAUUCCUUUCUUGUAGAAAAGUCUGCAAAUUUUAAAUAAUCAGUUUUCUUGUCCCUCUGUGCUCCCAAAAUGCUCUCAGCCAGCCUUAAGUCUUCUAAGCAGGAGAUAAGAGGAGUCCAGUCUGGGGACUGAUAUCUGAGGGCUCCCAAACCGUCAUAAUGCCUGCCCAAUUCACUUUAAGUUGAUGCCUGUUAGUCAACAAAUCCCACUAUGCAUACAGAGCUUUCAAUUAGCGUGUUUACUCCUCUUUUACAGUUAGCCAAAAAUCACUGGUCUUUUGAGAAAGGCAUCUCACAUAAUACAUAGGCCCAAAACAAACAAAAAUCAGAGGACAUAGAAACCGUGCAAGUCACAAAACUUUUAAAAGUAAAUCCAGUAUAUUUUCCAAAAUAUAUUUUCAGAGAAGCUUUUGCACCCAUUAAAAGAGAAUAGGAUGCCAUAAAAAAAAAUGAACAGAAAGAGAAUAAGAAAGAGUUCUUGAGAUUUAAAGUAUAAUCAGAUAUAUUUUUUUUUAUAAUCAGAUAUUUUUUAAAUCAGAAAAGUUGGAAGAUAAAAUUGAAGUAGGCCAGGGCGCCUGGGUGGCUCAGUCGUUAAGCGUCUGCCUUCGGCUCAGGUCAUGAUCCCAGGGUCCUGGGAUUGAGUCCCACAUUGGGCUCCCUGCUCCACGGGAAGCCUGCUUCUCCCUCUCCCACUCCCGCUGCUUGUGUUCCUGCUCUCACUAUCUCUGUCUCUGUCAAAUAAAUAAAUAAAAUCUUAAAAAAAAAAAUUGAAGUAGGCCAGAUAGUGAAACAAAAGACGGUAACGUGGGUAACAACAAGACAGAGACUCAAUAAAGGAGGCCCAAUAUCUGGCUAACAUGAUUUUCAGAAACAGAAUAGAGGGGGAAAAUGAGGAAAUUCUCAGAGAAAUAUCGGAAGAAAAAUUUCCAGAACUGAAGGAUAUGAGUUUCCAUAAUGAAAAGGACCAGGUUGGUGUAUUAAAAAGAUUUUAUGAUGGCAAAUCAUAAAAUUUCAGAACACUGGGGAUAAAGGAAAAUCUUAAAGGCUUCUUGGUCUGGAGUAGGGAUGGGAGAGUGGGAACAUACUAAGUACAGAGAUCUGAAUAGCACUGGACUUUCUGCCACAUUGAAGCAAGGAGAUAACAGGGAAUAACUUCAAAUUUUGAAGAAGUGAUUUUUAACCUAGAAUUUUAUGCCCAAACUUUCAUUCAAGUGUGAGAGUAAAAUAAACCCAUUUUGAGAUAUGCAGGGUCUCAAAAAUAUUUACCUGCCUUACAUCCUUUCUCAGUGAGUUACUGAAGGAUAUGCUUCCCCAGAAUGAUGGUUGAAAUCAAAAAAGUGGAAGAUCAAGAACCCAGGAAGUGGGGACUCCCAACACAGGACAGAGGGGAAGAGAAUUCCCUUGGUGAUGGAGAAGAAAAGCCAUGGGAUAUCAGCUGUGCAGCAGACCUAGAAUGCAACUCGUCCAAAUUGGAGCAGAAGGAAGGAGGGCACUAGGAAGUAUGUCUCUAGGAAAAAAUAACUGAGAGGAAUUUACAGUUUUUAUUUUAUUUUUUAUUUAUUGAGAGAGAGAGAGGUGUAUUUGGAGAGGGGGAGAGAGAGAAUCCUAAACUGGUUCCAUGCCCAGUGCAGAGCCUAGUGAGGGGCUUGAUCUCAACUCUGAGAUCAUGACCUGAGCUGAAAUCAAGAGUCAGACGCUUAGCUGACUGAACUGCCCAGACACCCCAGGAAUUUACAAUUCUGUCAGAUUUGUUGGGGAAGAAUUGGUGAUAGAUAUACACAGAAUACUGAGGAGAAAAAUGGAGCAAUUAGUAACUGCAGACAAAAUGGAAAAUUAAUGAAAAAAGGAAGUCUUGUUAUGAUACACUCUGUGAUUCAUUUAUGAACAAUAUUGAUUUAACUAACAAUUGUAGCAAAAUUACAUUGAGAGUCCAGGGAACGGAAGUAAGUGUGUGUGGCAGGUGGGUGAGGUUGGUGACUAUAACAGAAGUACAGUAUCAUCUCCCAUACUAGAGAGUCUGAAAAAAAAAAAAACCCACAACCCCCCCCCCCCCAGAAAAUAGCAAUUUAAGUGUUAUAUUUAGAAAUAGGAAGAAGAAAAACAGCCAAAAAAAGAAGGAAAGAAAGAAAUGGUUGCCUCUGGGGAGCAGGGAGCAGAGUGGGAGGAGUGAGGGGUCUAGGGUCUGCUAUUUUUCUUUGUAAGCUUUGUACUGUGACCUUUCCAACAAGGUAGGUGUAUUAUUUUUAUAAAAAGCAUAAACCACGUUUAGGAAAAGGCAAAUAAAUUUCAGCAGAAGCAGAGGGAGACCAGAAAGCAUGGGUUUAGAACAUACUACUAAAGUAGAAAAUGAGAACCUAAUAGCACUCUGUUAUCUUUGGUCCUAUAUGGAGCAACUUCCUAUUCAUCAUCUCCUCUCAUCCUCCUAGGAAGACAGCCAAAAGGGAUAUUUUCCCUCUUUUACAAUUGUGGAAGCCUGGUUUGGGGACUGGAAGACCUUUUUGAUUCCAGUUUGCUACAUCAUGAUGCUGCAUAGGUAUCUGUUUGGGUCUUUUUAGGUUUUUUAAUUUUGUUUUUUACCAAGGGAAGACAGCAGACCAGAAAGCAUCUUCUUUGACAUCCUGGGAAGGAUAUCAUGAAAACAAACAAGCGUGUGUGUGUGUGUGUGUGUGUGUGUGUGUGUGUGUGUGUGUGUGUGUGAGAGAGAGAGAGAGAGAGACACGAGUAUAUGUAUAAUGGUGUACAGGUAUCUAUAGUACAAGACCUGGCAAUUUGCCAUGAUGAGUGGAAUGCAAAGUACCAUGCGGUAUUCAUAGGUAAGGAGAUGUGUGUUAGGUGAAUUUCCUUAGAAGGCAGUAUAUGGGAAAAGUUCUGGGCUAGGUUCUGGGAAAGGUAAGAUCUCUAUAGUGUUAUCUCUGCCCACCCCUUAAAUAAGAUUGCCGUAAGUAUCCAGCUGGGCCAGAGUUUGAGGAACCCAAAAGAUCUAUAGACAAAAGACUAAUAAAGUGACCUAUAAUUAUCAAGGCAAUAUAUGACACAAGAGUGCCCUUUACAGAGUAAAAGCACAUGUUUAUGUUAAAUUACCAUGAUUGAAAUCACUUAAUGAAAGAUUUAUUAGUUUGUUACAAAAUGAUUGUAUUGGCUUUGAGCAAAAUACAAAAGUAAGAGUCUUUUCAAAGUGAAACUUUAAAUUCUAUGUCUAUCAGCUUUUAAUAAAUACUUGUUGAAUUAGUAAGAUAAUAUUUUGGGGAGAAAGCAGAAGGUACAGCAUUAAACAGCAUGAUUUAUUUCUGAAUUUUCUUCCAGAAAGACUGGGGAAAUCCCCACUGCCAAAACCAUUUAUUUAUAGCUAGACCAAAAAAAAAAAAAUUAAGGCCAUUUGUGGGUCUCUGUCUUCAUUGGCCCCUGGGGAGCAGAAUCUGACUCAAAAGGCUUUUUCAUUUUUAAAAAUUCUUUUUCUUCAUGACAUGAUAUUUGUAGUAAUUGAAACCCUUCCUACUUAGAUUAUGUUAGCAUCAUGAAUCGUUAACAUCAUUGUACUGAAGAUGUGUGUUGUAGCCUACAGAGCACUGGAAAUGAAGUUAAAACAGAAUUUAGGUACUAGUUCUGGCAAUUUAUUAGGUAAUCUGAAUCUGUCUGAACUUCAGAAGGAUACUCAUAUUUGAGUAAUGAUGAUGCCAACAUUAAAGGAGUUGGUUUAAGAUUAGAUACAUGUUACAUUAAUGUAAAGCUCUUUACGUUAUGACUGUGAUUACUUUGUACUCUUGGAUCACUUUUCUCCUAAGAUAAAGAGGAAAGUAGUGAAAAGAGCAUGGAUUUUGGAAUCUCUGGCCCUUGGUUCUCUACUCUGUAAAAUGGGCUUAUGCCCCUUCAUUAGAAUUAUUGUGAAAUUCAGAUACUGUACAUUUUAAUUAUGUAGAAUUGUGCAUGGUGGCAUCAAAGAAACUCAGUAAAAGAUUGCUGCUAUUAUUUCUUUGUCAUACAGAGGUCAGAAUCUCCCAGUAACCUCCAGGGCCUGCCACCAAUUGGCAUAUACUCAGAGGAAACUCUUGGGUGAAUGUGGAGUGGCCCACCCUUCUUGCAGGGCUCAUAAACCCCUCAAGUAUUGCCAUAAUGAUUUGCUCCAUCAAUCCAUUGAUGUUUUAUGUAUCUUGUCCUGCUUUUAUAGUAUGUUCUGCAGAAGGAUUACUCCUAUACAAUUCUUAGACAUUAAGGUACAUAUAUUUAGAUGUACUUCACCAAGGAACAAGUCAUUGAGGCUUAGAGUAAGAGCUUUAAUAGGUUAGAGGUAGAAAGGAAAUUUGGGACUGCAGUGGUGAAGAGGUAUCCCUUUCAUUGAAAUUCAAAAAUGAGUUGUAUUAGGAAAAAAUAAAGUCAUGGCAAGGGGAGUUUUAAGCUUCAAAGCUCUGAAUAAAGAGGGCUCAUUUAUACACUUAAGAAAUAGACCAAGUAAUAUGUAGUGAUUAAAAGUAUGUGCUUGAGAUGCAAACAGACUUGGGUUUGAAUUCUAGCCCUGCCACUUAAUAGCUGUGACCUACUACGACAAGGUACAUAAUCCCUCUUAGUCUCUGUUGCCUAAUAGCACUAUUUUAUGCAAGUAUUAGGAUUAAACGAGCGAAUGCAUGUGAAGCUCUUGACCCAUAGUAAGCAUUCAGUACAUGUUAACAGGUGCUGCUGUCUUCCUUGUGUGCAUAGAGCAGCAUGGAUGAGCCAGAGGCUUCAAGUUGAGGUGUAAUGCAGAGUAAGGUCAGAAGGAUAAAUUGAGACUACCUAGUUUGGAAUAAAUGGCUAAGGGAUUUGCUUUUAAUUAGGAAUUGGAGAUGCACUUAAGAUUUUUGAGUAGGUAAAUAACAUAAUAUAGAAUCCUAAAGUGACAGGGCUAGAAGACCCCUUAGAGGUUGCAGUCUAGACCCUUCCUUCACAGAUGGGGAAAGGGAGACCCAAAGGGUGACUUAAUUAGUUGCAGAACUGGGACUCAAAUCCAGCCAGGUCUUAUACCUCCCUUAGACUCAAUCAUACCACCAAAAUAAGUCCAAAGGAUUGUUCAACAUUUGUCAAGUGCUUAGAAAAUGGGUGUUGCUAGCAGGGUUGGGGAAAAAGGAAACUAUUCAGAUUUUGAUGUGUUAUUAAAUAAAAAUAGUCUUUCCAUUGGUACUUUCAACCAAACCAAUUAAGAUUUGAAAAAUCUUAGUUAGAAAGUUCCGUUGAUCACUGGCAGCCACCUCAGAAAAGCUUGUUAGGGCAAGUGAAAAUAUAUGACAUGGGUGGUUCUAGAAAGCUUUUAUGGCUAAUUACAGUAUUUGUACUGCUGGUGAGAUUAGAGGGUGAAGUUUUUCCUUAAAUAAAAUUGAAGAUCACUGCUUGUCCAGUAUCUUUUAAAAAUGCUGUUUCCCAAGAACUUUAAAUAGAAAAACAUUUAAAAAAUUUAAUUCCAGGAGGGCUCUUAAUACCUAUGUAGAAAGGCAUUACUACAAAGGUACUAAUAGAGUUUGGUUGGUAUUAUACCUUUGUGCUGAUAAGUUUUAAGUUUUUAGGUUAAUAGAAAAAUAUCUAAAUAGUUACAGCUUUAUACAUUAAUGAUGAAAUAAGAUAGCUUUUAAAUAUUUGUUUCUUGAUAAUUGUUUCUUAAGAUUAGUUCUUUAGGGAAAUACUAAAAUCUCAAACUUGUUUUUAUAUAUUGGGGCUCAAGGAAACAUUAUUUUUACCUGAAAGCUAUAUAAAAAUAUAUAACUAAAAUAGAUGUCGAAACCCAGAACAUAUAGUCUGUGAAUAUGUAUCUGAAUGCAAACCUCUUAUAGAAUUCUAAAUGCAGGGGCGCCUGGGUGGCUCAGUCAGUUAAGCGACUGCCUUUGGCUCAGGUCAUGAUCCCAGGGUCCUGGGAUCAAGUCCCACAUUGGGCUCCCUGCUCUGCGGGGAGCCUGCUUCUCCUUCUCCCCCUCCCCCUGCUGGUGUUCCCUCUCUCGCUGUGUCUCUCUCUGUCAAAUAAAUAAAUAAAAUCUUAAAAAAAAAAAAGAAUUCUAAAUGCAGUUCAGCAGUUCACAAAUGGAGAUGUUUGUGAUUAAUAUCAUUCAAACACAGAUUCUCAUUUAAUUGUGUUAACUGUUGUAAGAGCUAGGAACUCUAUAAUAGAGUUGUAAAGUCAUUUUAAUAUAUCUAGCCAUUUUGUAGUUGCUGUAUAUUUCUGCUAAACUUAGUUCUCUAGCUUAAGAGUUAUUUUCAGAAGAAACUAACUUUAAAACUGAGUAUUUGUUAAGCAUUAUGAAAUAUGAAUAUUUUCUUAGAAAUCAUAAUUUGAUUAUUUGAUUAUAUAAAAAUAUAGCAUGAGGAAUGUAUCUUGAUCAUGUGUGUGUGGUGUAUUAUGAAUGGGUGAUUUUGAGAAGAUUUGGUUCUGGGCAUAUAAUGCUUUAUAAAAUAAGGAAAUAAUGUAAGUCAAACAAUAGAGUAUUAAGCUGUACUAAGAAGGCAUUUGAUACAUGGUCUUACUCAGUAAUAUAAUUGAAAUAAGUAUUUGGAAAUUAUCAGAGUUAUCAGAAACAUGUAUUUGAAAUAUGACUUUGUAUAUAAUAGUUUUGUGACUUCAAAUUUAGCUGACUCAUAGAUUACCUCCCCUACCAGCUUUUUAAUCAAAAUGACACUUUUUGUGUUCACUUUUGUCAGGUAACAGUUCAUGAGUAUUUCCUGCUUCUUGGGCCUCUCCAUGAUGGAUUACUAUGAAGAAGAAGAAACAAUAACAAAGCAGGAAAAGGUUGACAGUGCAGUUAGCAUUUAUGCCUUAUCUAUACAUGAUUUGGGACCGUUUUGCCAAACAUUGAAUUAUUUUCCUGUGGGAAACUUGAGCCCUAAAAGGAAAUGAACAUAGCUAAAAGACUGCAUAUCACAUGGGACUUAGGUUUAUUUUUAGAAUGGCACUAUAAUGCCAUAUUUGGAUUGAAAUAAUGUGGUAGCAGUACAUUAUUUUAUUAAAAAGGUAUCUUUUCUGAAGAAGUCAUCUAAUUUUCUGUCACAUUGUAUCCCAUAGAGUUAACGUAAGAAGUAUGUAACUAUUUAGCUGACAAGUGCUAAAGUAUGUAUUAAAGUUAGAGGCACUUACUUGUCUGGCAGACAUUACUGGAGCCUGCUUUCUGAGUCUGCUCUGUAUAAUAUUCUCUGGCAGUUCAUUGUCAUAGUACAUAGUUGUCUUUUUGUUGUGCAUGUUUAGAGUAAGUUGUUUUCUUUAUUGGAUGGGAAAAAGAGAGUAAAGGAAACUAGUAGCAUUGGGCAUUAGUAUAGUUAUCUGAUUGUCUAGAAAUGGAAGAGCACUUUCCUAAAUGAGACAAAAAUAGAGAAACCCAAAUGGGUUUUGCUUCUGAGAAAUGAUUUUUUUUUUUUUUUUAAAGAUGAUUAGCAAAGGUAUUUCAUACUGAGCUCUACGGUGUUCUGGUUAGCAUUAUUCAUAGGUAAAAAAACAAAAACACUUAUUGCAUCAUUUAUAUUAUGUGUCAGUUUUUCCUGCUACCUGAAUUAUCUUCUUUAAAAUUUCAUUUGGUUGAGAUAAAUUAUGAUGUUGGUAAUAUACAGUGGUUCUCUGAAUUAUGUCCUAAAUUGCAGAUCCCCCACAGGGCACUAGGUAUUAAACAGGAAAACCUGCCAAAUACACAUUUUGUCCGUUGGCCUCUCUCCCAAAGUUGGAAAUAUGCCAACGUCAUAAAUCUCAAGUCUGAUGGGAAAGAACCACCACUGAUGUACAAGGUCUUAUGAUUAAGAUACAUGUUGGAAUCCACCUAGCAAUAAGGGAAAAUGCCUUUUCUUUGAAUAACUUCUAGAAGGGCCACAUGUUGAGGUUUUCUUCACUUGUUUUUAUGUUUAAGAGCAUUAUAUAUUUCUCUGUCUACUUGUUGUUAGGGCCUUAAU